AUGGGUCGUCGUGCGCUCACCGCAGAAGAAAAGGCAGAAAAGGCAGGCCGAGAACGAGUCCGAUUGAGACAGUACCGCUCGGCACCCCGGCUAAGUAACCGCGUGCUUCACAUCGACGCUCAUCGUCUUGAUAGCAUAAACACCCAUCCGUCAACGCUCCCAGGCGAUCCGAUCCCAGAAACACAAUCAGACGAAACCGCUUUUAUUGGACAUCAUCAUGACCUUGAGCACCGCGACAACGUUACCCUACAGCCGACCGACGACCAACCAGCCUCCGCCACUCCCCUCGCCAAUCAACCGAUCGUGACGACACUCGACCCAAUAGUCAUAGUGGAUAAUGGGACGAUCCUGCGGCCGAUCGACGAGCAAACAUAUCCUCUGACUAUAGAAGAUCAGGAGGAGACGGAACCUAUCUCGGCAGUCGACGUUGCAGGCCCGACUUUCCUUAUACAAUAUGAUGAGGAACAGGCUGCUAGAGCUGGUCGUCCUAGGAUAGAUCCCGCCGUGUCGCCGCAUGAGCGAACGCGUCUCCGUGUCCAGCGACACCGCGACCGGCAGCACCUCACAAGGGCGCAGCAGCUUGUCCAGUGGUCUACCGACUCACACGGUCUCCCGCCUACCUUGGAAUUCUCUGCCUUGACCUUGCGUAAUGGCCCAGCUCCUUCCUUGGUUCCUGACGAAGCUGCAGAAAAGGGCGAGGGCGAUGCCAGAUCGGAGAGCUCUGGCUUUGACAAUGAUAUCGCCGGCCCUGACUUUCUACGCGCACAGAGCGAUGUGUAUGACCGGAUACUACGGAAGUUCUUCAACAACCAAUGCGACUGUCAAGAACCACGCGCGCGUGGUGAGCCAGAACAUACCUCUACCCUUCCCGAGUAUAUCCAAUAUAUCGGCCGUUCUCUUCCUCCCUUGCCUACCGUCUUUGCGGGACGCGACGAGGCCUGCGAUCCUCGUGCUUCCUUCCCACAAUGGCAGAGCUUCCUCUCCGACCAGACGGCCCAACCGCUGUCAUUCCGCAAGACACAGGCCUCGUUGUCCCAAGACGCCGUGACCAUUGCGCGACUGUGGGAUGUCGAUAGUAUCUGGUUUGGGGCAGGGAGCCUGUCAGCCAUCCGAGCACCCAAUCAGUUCCGACUCUCCUUCUUUUCGCCUCACAAGAGCAACAUCUCCACCGCUCAAGUGAUACAGCCUCAUGGCCUGGACCUGGCACAUACGCGUCACACCACUAUCGGCACUUUUACCGCCGCCGACGUCCGCUUCUCUGUCUUGAUGUUCUUCCCUAGCGGAGCCAGUUCACAAACACGAGCCUCUUCCAACAGCCUCUCCCUUGCACGAUUCAGAGAUCUCUAUGAUGAAAUCAUUCUCCCGGCUGUCCGCGAAACGGUUCCAGACCACGUGCGACAGGAAAUCCCCAGGUCAUACGACCUGAUCUACGCAAAGUCACGCGCCUACCAGGAAAAGCCAGGCGUUGGUCGCUGGGGUGCCGAAGACGAGAGUCGAGCGUUUCGUUUGGCAUAUGGCAUCCCUGCCAGUGUCCUUCCGCAGUUCUGGGCAGCAGUUGUGAGGAACGCGAACCUGCAUCGUGUCCAGAGCAAGAAGGGUGACGCCAUCCCUUACUUCCAGAACCCUCGCCUGCUCUUUCAGGCCCACGAUCUGAAAAACAUAUUCGCAUCACAGAGCCUCCAAGAAAGCUUGGCUCUGUUUCGGGAUACUGUCUUGGCUGGCCUUGAUCCGACCCAGAUCGACAUGCACUCCUGCUGGCUUGACGUGGGCAUGCGAGAUCAUGUCCGCACGCCGCCCGCGUCGCCGACCCAUGAGCCUUGGACGCUUCUUUGGAAGGAUGACUGCUGCCGUCAUCUUCACGGCCAAGUAGCCGGCAUAGUCCCAGAGGCCCCUAUGGAGGCCACUUAUUAUCGAUCCCACCUUCUCCGGGACGUAGGGGGAUACUACGCCAAGGCGAAGUCAUCUCGGAAAUCGAACCCUGGCCACCCAGAAGCCAGGUCACCCGGUGUUAUCCGGGCCAAGGCGUAUAACUGCAGCAAGGAACUGUUUGGCGUCAUGUUCAGCGAUUAUCAGCUCUUCGGCUCCGGUUUUCUACCGCUUCUCGCCUUUGACGAAGGGAUGCUGAAAGACCUGGCCGCCACAGAUCAAAGCCGCCAGCGUGCAUUUGUCUCGCAGCUUAGCCGCUCCCGUCUUCUGGAUGCGUGGGACGCUAAUAAGCGGCAUAUGAGAGCUGUCUCAUCGUCGAGGAUACAUGCGAACUUUGGCGUUCGGAAAGAGGUCACCUUCCGGCUCGAUGUCAUCCUGGCCAUGUGGGCUAGUGGUAGGCUAGAACCUGGCCAGAGCCCCCAUACUGGCCCAAUGUGCUGGGAAGUUCCUCUCGCUCCUUCUUCUAUUUCUCCUCCUCCUCCCAUCGACGGCGAGCAGCAGCAUUGCCCUUUCUGGGUGAUUCCGACUGAGAUGUUAACCGCAUUCGUGUCUAUGCAAGCUGCCCGCUUCGUGCUUCCGCUCGAUUACAUCUUCUCUGAGAUAACCAGGCUCUUCUGUUGUCUGCUUAUUCACGCUGUCAGCAGUGAGCGAGAAUACAGAUUUGAUUACUGGAUAUGGAGAUCAGCAUGGCAGGUUAAGGAUCGCAGUCGUAGAAACGGCCGUCGCAAGGAGCGGCAGGGUCUCGGCCUAGGAAACUCCAUCGACUCUUCCGGCACGCUCUGGAUGCCCCAUGGCCACUUCGAUUGGCAGAGAGGUCACAUUUCGCUUGAGCUGCUGGUAGACCUCUACAUAUCUCGGAGCCCGCUCCAGGCUAAGCUAGCCCACCAGACCAACGUUCAAGCGCUUACCGCAAAUCAAGUGACCAUCGAGCUGCUGUUUCAGCGAUUAGUUCGAGCUGCGCGGGCAGAACAUGACCAAGGGCGUAACGAGGAUGCAGAGAGUCUUGCCGACCGGGCCAUCACUCUUGCGGUUGAGGAGACCGCCCGGGCUUAUCAUCAGCACUUUCUUGCCAAGCUUCACUCAUACUGGGAUCGGCUCCGAGGCAAGAUCGGGCGCCAGAAACUUGCAACUGUUCACGGCAUUUAUGCCGAGGCGUGGGCCAAGUACUGUCAAGUUACGGCGGACGAUGAUGAUGACGGCGACAUCAAUGCAUCAUCAUCAUCACCGCCGCUGCGAUCCACCCUACCCGAGGAGCUGCCUUGCUGGAUGAAUACUCGUCGACGCAUGCCUCCCAAGAAUAGCUGGUCUGACUUUCUCUCCGAUCAGAUCUUCUGCCCCCCAAAGCCGCCAACUUGGAAUGCACUCCUCUUUCUCCAGCUCUACAGAGGAUUCAAGGAGGUUUGGCAGGGCAUAUGUGCGCCAUUGGGCCCCUUUGAUAGCCGUUUUAGCCGCCAGAUCGGAAAAUCCUGUGGUAGUAGCAAUGAGUGGGAUGUCUUCUAUGUGCCUGUGGCUGAGAUAUAUAUCUCGAAGGAAAUCUUCGAGGACACGGCAAGCCAGCCGACUAUUCUGCUGCCUACCAGUGAUAAUAUCAUCGGUUUGCUGGAUGCUAUAGAGACCCUUACUGGCCCCUCUUCAAACAUUGCAGAACGUCUAUCGUGGACAAGACGUCGGCUUAAUAAUCAGGGCGAGCGAUAUGACCUCCCUAGCUAUCUCGCGGCUAGGCAUCGGGAAGUGGAGCCAUCGACACGGAACCGGUCCCUCCUAGAGCGGUUUCUUUACCAGUGUGAGCCGCCGGAACGGGAUAUCGAGCCUGUGGAUGAAGAGGAUGAGGAGGAGGCGGAGGAAAGAGCGGAAGAAGACGACUCCUCUUCGGGAGGCGAUGAUGAUGAUGAUGACGACGACCUGGAAGAGGCUGGCUCGAUCGACUCAUGA